AAGCUCAUCUAUAUUUUCUGUAAACUGCAACAAGUGCAGGAAUAUGUAAACGCCUGACUUGUUUCAAACUCGGCAAAGAUUAGAUUGAGAAAAUGAGACACUCUUUCAUUGUAUUUCAAUUGUUAUGCGGAUUUUAUAGACCAGUGUUUAUGACCGUUGUCGAACAUGUUUUUGAAAGGAAACCCUCAUUUGAUGGAUUUCUCUGCUCACAAUCAUCUAAUAACUGUGUCAAUAAACGAAAUAUGCAGUCUUGUGCGAGAGAGUGCGGUCGUUCAGAAAUGUGCAAAAGUUUCUUUUAUGAUUUUGAUUCAAGAGACUGCUUCAUUUUCGAAACAAUAUUUUCGGAUACUAACGGCUGCCUGAACCGAAAUGGACAUUAUUACCAACUGAAAGGUUUGACAACAGCUUCCUCCAUGACCACCACCACAAGCACAACGAGAACCAUACCAAUUACAACGCCGUCCACCACAACAACACCAAACACCACAACCAGAACAAGUAUCACAGCCAGCACCACAACAACCCAUACAUCAACAACUACAUCCACCCCCACGAGCAGAAGUAGUACCACACCGACCACCAUUAUGACAUCACCUAACACCACCACAACAACAACAACCAGCACAACCUACUCCCCCACUACAUCGACGACAUCAACAGCUUUGAUAACAACAAUACCUUCGGCGUCUACAUCAACAGCUUUGGUCACGACAACUACAUCAAUCGUUACUCCAUGUGAGAUAACAGCUAAUUGUCAAGCAAAUGCGAAUUUGGCUUGUAUCGACGAUACAUGCCAGUGUACAGACUGGCUUCGUUACGACCCGUCUUCGGACAUGUGUUUGACAGACUGUCCCUCGGCUUAUGGCAACACCUAUACUCGACGAGCGGACAAGAUCAUGUGGACUAACGUCAUUAUCCUCGACAUACUCCCUACAACACUGGAAAACUGUUUUGACCAAUGCAGCUCAGAUCUCACUUGUAUGGGCGUGAACUGGAAGGCGUCCGGCCAAUGGUGUGCACUGAAACAGGAAAUAUCAAACUCCUACUUCAUUGAUUCCACUGACUGGGAUUGGUACACUCGAAACUGUUUUUAACACUUGGUGUUUAAUAAUAAAUAUAUGCUUUCAAUGAUAAUACUAAUAGUGUUGAUACUGUAAUAGUUUAUCUGUUUUCUUGAGACAUUGUUUGUCUCGGGCUGAUAGGCCUUGACCCUGGUGUCUUUAAACAAGAUCAAUGUUAACAUUAUGUGGAAUAGGCUUGUCUCUGUAUUUUCAAGUGUAUUAUUGGUUCCCGCGUGAGUGCACAUAAUCGUUGAAUUGUCUUAGUUAUGGCGUUCCUUUCUUUAAAACAGCAAGUAUUCGAGCUUAAAGGAAACUAAAAUAAAUCAAUGAAAACUAUAGGGACCAUCCCGGUAGUCAAACAUUUAACAAAGACCUUGUAAAUAUUGUAUAACCUUAUUAUCGUUGACCCUAGAGUCCAAAUGCAAACACCUUGUGUUUCAAAAUGUGAAUCAUUCUGUUAAGUUAUUUUCCUAAUACUAAGUAUAUUAACUCUUGUGUCGGAAUGGUAAAAAGAGAGAGUUGCCUAACCGUGCUUUAAAUAUCGUGUUUAUAAAGUACAUCGCUAUUCACCUAAACAUACGGAAAUGUUUAAACGUUGCUCUUUAUUCAACAAAUCACAUAACAGUAACUUUACCCAGAGGCUUCGUCAUUGAAAUUAUACAUUCUUGCUGUAGCGCUUAUCAAUAAGUACAAUAGUUCGAGUUGUAGGUGCAGGAGCAAAUAAGUAUACAUCCAAUUAUGUUAAUGCAAGCAAGUUAAUGCCGUUUAUAUGCAAUACCAUCUUUGUUACUAAGGAAACUCAUAAGAUCUAAAUUCUUGCAUGUCGUAAUCAUAAGAAUAUGGGUUCAACAAUGAUGUAAUAUCAAUAUUGGAUAAACAAAAUACAAAAUGUUCCCAUAUAAUUGUGGCAUACAUUAUUUGGAAUAAAUGGUUAGCAGAAAAUGACCGCCAAAUUUUGUUUAAAAUCCGACUGAAAUAUAAUCGAAAUAAUCUGUUGGUUACAGAUUGUAAAUGAAUUAAUAAUUGGCAGACCAUAUUUCUUUAUAAUAAUGCAUAAGGCAAAGCCAUGCUACCAGCAAACAUGCCUGCAAAGAUUGUUACUGCACAAAUGAAAUUGUGUAGCAUCGAUCAAUAAUAAGCCUGUGAUGAAUGCCAUUUCAAAUGACAUUCUAGUUUCCUUCCAUAACGAAUGAAAAACACAAUAACAAAGAAAUUCAAUUACUAGAAUUUAUGCAAUUGGAGCAAAUGCAAUAUUGACCUUCUCAUACUGUGCCAAAAUGAGCUUCGCGAAUUUGUUAAGCGAAACAAUUUCCGUUUAAUUUUCUUGAUACGGUUCAUUUAUAUUGUUUGUUAGUACAAUUACAGUCAUUGAUCAGUGUGUAUGAAACAAAAGAAGAGAUAUCACCGGAAAGCUAUGCUUAACUUAAGGAUUUAGAAUUUGUUUAUCAUGAAUUGUUAUUUACUUUAAGAAGUUGAUGAUCUUUAAAAUAUCGGAAAGAUUACCCAGUCAAUCGUUGAAAUGAGUUUUCAUUCUGAAUACAAUCUGCCUUGAGUCUUUUUUUCAAAUGUGAAAACGUGUUUGCUUUUUCUUUCUAGAUCGCACAAUUUCAACUCGUUUUUUCUUCGCUUAAAAUGAUUUUGCCUUACAAAGAAAUGUUAAUGAUGU